AUGACUACUGGAAAACCUGAGCACGGCUUAAUUGUGCUGCUCGGAUACAGUCUCGGCACAGCAGCUGUAGCAAAUUUGGCCGCCAGUGACCCACCAAGAGUCGUAGGCGUCGUUCUUAUUGCUCCGUUCACAAGUGGUAUUCGCCUUUUCUGCAACCAGCCCGAAAAGGGUGAGACGAGUAAACUCGACAGAUUUUUAACGGUAAAAAAAGUACGCCUUAUCAAGGUGCCCACGCUCGUAUGCCACGGUUGUCGUGAUGACUCCAUACCUGUGGAGCAUGGACUUGAAAUUCACAGGAGAGCUCAGCGACCCGUAUCGCCCUUAUUCGUAGAUGAAGCAGAUCACGUUUCCAUAUUCAAUGGAAAAUACCUACAAACGUUUUUAAGAAUUAGGGAGUAA